AUGCACGUGAUCGUAACGUAUCGUAUUCUACGAAUCGUAGUCCUUCCUGUUGGUCACGCUGGGGGACUUUCACUAUACAUUGUACACAACAUCUUCAGAAAAAAGCAAGUAGCCAUGCAACUUCACCAAUAUACCGCUCCUGCUCUCAUCCUCACUUUCCUGCUUGCGGGUGCGCUUACUCUUAAAAAUCAGCUGCUACGCCUUCCAGAUCCCUGCGUCCAUCCGCUAACAUCACCCAACUCUCUGAAACUCCUCUCGGCGCGUUCUCUAUCUCUGUCUCUCAAGCUCAAACCCCCCCACAUCUCUACCCCAGUCUAUCUCUCCAGUCCGCCAUCAGAAUCCCCCUCACCCUCACCAUCCUCUUAUCUUAGACCCCAAUACUCCUCCGCCAUACUUAUUGUUGUCACCGACGCCAGCUUUGCGCUUGGUAUGGACGACGGAAUGCCUUUAACUGCGUCGGAUUCUUCAUUCUCGCUUGAGCUGCAAUGGCAGGCAUACGCUCCCAUACAAGCGAUGACAGAAGAGGAAGUUGGGCAUGGAGAGCCUGGAAACGUGGGGACAUAUGAUGGGAUCUGUGAGGGUUGGAACCGAAAAUGUGGCUGCAAAAACCAAUGCCCGAAAAUGCAAUUGAAAAACAUGAACGAAAAAUUCAAUAUCCACUCGUAA